UCAGGCUCCAUGGCUUUUCUAGGCUAUCCUGGGAACUGUAGUGGUAUAGCCUACAGAACUCACUGUUAUUUCCCAGUGACUGCGUCUGUUGCUCUCUGCUCCAGCGAUGUAAGCCCUACGUUUGGGCUCAGCCUGCCCAGUAGCUACCACGGGAAUCUCUGGCUGCUGCAUAACUGCCAAGAAACUUGUGGGGAAGUACCAAGCUGUGACUCUCCCAGUUCUGAGCCCAAGACCUGCACCACCAGUUGUGACCGAUCAAACACCUCUGUGCCCUGCAACUCUCCAACAGGGGGCCAACCCUGCAGUGCCCGUGAAACGACCAACGUUGGAGCCAGCCCCAGCUGCAAUCCGUGCCCUGAAACCAAGGGGUAUAUAUCUGAUGGCUGCACCCCCAGCCCAUGUGCAUCUAAAGCUUGCCAGACCCUUGGCAAUGGCUUCAAAUGCUUUGGGCAACUUAACUGCUUAUCCGAGAGCUUCCAGCCCCUAAGCCACUACAGACUGGGUAGUUUUGGGUACAGAGGCUACCAAAAUCUUGGCUUCAUACCCAGUGGCUUCUCACCAUCACGAUAUAUCACCAACAGCUGCCAACGCCAAAACUAUUUAAUAAGAAAUUGCCAACGUCCAUACAAUUGGCACAGGGGAUGCCCCCCACUGAGCUAUUUUUCAAGAAACUUCCGGUCUCUGAGCUCUAUACCGAGUUCAUUCCCUCCUCUGAGGUAUUUAUAUGGUGGUUGUAGACCUCUGAAUUGCUACCGAUCAACUUAUUGCAAUUAUAGCUGCUAG